AUGGACGAGGAACAUCUCAAUGGAACUGAACGCAUCUUUCCCGCUCGCAGCGGGGAGAUCACACUCAUCCCAACUCCCACAGAUUCUCCCGACGACCCACUGAACUGGAGUCGGUGGAGACGGUGUUGGCACGCCUUUUUGGUUUUGCUCGUGGUCGCCUUCACGGCCGCCACUUCCAAUGAUGCUGGCACGGCUGGUAACGGCAUGAAUGCGGAUCUGGGCAUCUCCUGGGACGCAAUCAAUAUUGCCGCCGGUGUCUUGUUCCUCGGCAUUGGGUACUGCACCCUGCUGCUGAGUCCCGCGCCAUUUUUGUACGGUCGCCGCAUCUCGUACCUGCUGUGUCUACUAUUUUCCAUCGUCGGCUCGAUCUGGCUCGCGCGGGUGCAAACUACCCAAGACAAUAUUUGGAACCAACUUUUCGUGGGCGCAUCGGAGUCAUGCGCCGAGGCCCUCGCCCAGCUCUCUCUGUCGGACCUUUUCUUCCAGCACCGACGAGGUCUCGUGCUCGGUCUAUACGUCCUUGCUACCAGUAUCGGUACCUUCACCGGGCCCCUGGUCGCGGGAUUCAUCACCGACAGCCCCGUUAUGGGAUGGCGAUGGGUCGGAUGGCUGGGGGCGAUCAUCUCCGGGGCCCUUCUUGUCCUUCUCUUCUUCGGGCUGGAAGAGACGGCCUUCGAUCGACACAAUCCCAUCGACGGACUCGACACGCCUCGAAGAACCACAACCCCGCCCGAAUCCAACCUCUCGCUGGACGAGAAGAACAAGGAGUUGACGGAAGUGCAGUCCACUUCUCGUGGCGACCCAGUCGAUGAGGAGAACCCCGAUCAGAAGAAAGGAAAGACCUAUUUCCAGCGCAUCGCUUUGAUCACCCCUUCCUCCAGCUUGAUCGGGACUGGCUUCAAACAAUACUAUUAUCGCCUGUGGAACACCCUACGGGUGUUCAGUUUCCCAGCAGUCCUGUACUCCGGCCUCCAGUGGGGAGCUCAAGACGCAUGGCUCACUUUCUACCUAACGGUCGAAGAGGAUAAUUACUACGACCCACCGUGGAACUACACCGAUGCCGCAGUGGGCAUCAUGAACGUUCCCACACUGAUCGGCGCCUGCAUCGGCUGUAUCUACGGUGGGUGGUUUUCCGAUCUCUUCGUUGCCUGGAUGGCCAAACGGAAUGGCGGUAUCUUCGAAGCCGAGCAGCGUCUCUGGCUCCUGUUCCCCGUUGCCAUUAUUGCCCCAGCCGGACUGAUGCUUUUCGGCAUCGGUUCCGACCUCGGCUGGGAUUGGCACAUGACCUACCUUGGACUGGGCUUCAUCGGCUUCGGCUGGGGCUGUGCUGGUGAUCUCAGUAUGGCGUACCUCAUGGAUGCGUAUCCUGAGAUGGUCCUUGAGGGUAUGGUCGGCGUCUCUGUUAUCAAUAAUACCAUUGGUUGCAUUUUCACCUUCUCCGCUCAGUACUGGCUCGAUGCACAGACUCUUUCUCAAGUCUACAUCGCUCUUGGUGUGCUGAGCUUUGCCUUCCUGAUGACUACUGCCCCGAUGAUUUACUGGGGUAAGGCCUCUCGGAAGGCGACUCGAAAGCGGUAUCUGAACUACCUUCAAAUCCGCGAUGGUUACUGCUAG